AGUUCACGGAGACUCUGGUUCCCUGGACGGCUGAUGUUAGAUUGAACAGAGUCGGGUAGGCGAAGCUCCUAGGUCUUGCAGGUUGUCUGCAGUCUCAGCGGGAUCUGAGCAGAGGCCCCGAUCCCCUCCACUUUUUUUCCUGGCCAUUUACACAAUCUAGAGCACUUUCAGUUAUCAGAAGCUUCAGUCUUCCAGUCCGUCCAAAGGGAAAUGUGGUUUCGAGGGGCUACUACCGGUCCUUAUAGUAAGUAACACAGCGGAACCUCUGGAGACCACUCGGCUCUGAGCCCCCUUUCCACUCCAACAAGCCUUGCUGGCUGUUCGCCUGCUUCAGUUGAGAUGAUGAAAACCCUAAGUAGAAGGGACCUAGAAUUCUGCCCUCGAGGCUUUUAGAAUGAGCAAUUGUUUCCCACUUACAGCUCCCUCACUCUUCAACUGUCCCCAGGUCUCCCGUCCCCGAGCUGCGGAUCCCGGCGCCUGAGGUCUGUCUCCUCGCAAUCCCGCAGGGGGCGCCCCAAUCCGGGCGCACCGCCCUCGGGGAGGCGGGAGGGGAGCCCAGGGCGGGCGAGGGCGGGGGUGUCCCGGCUAUAAAGCGUGGCCGCCUCCCGCGGCGCCCUGGACGACUGGGACCCUGGGCGGUCGGACGGACGGGCGCGGGUCGGAACUCGGGCAGUGCCGGCCGAGAGAUCCGAAACUCUUGGUUCUCCCCGGGCCGGAGCGGGGGUGGGUGGGGGCGCAGGCCCGGGGGAUGCUGGGCUCGGUGAAGAUGGAGGCCCACGACCUGGCCGAGUGGAGCUACUACCCGGAGGCGGGCGAGGUCUAUUCUCCGGUGACCCCAGUACCCACCAUGGCCCCCCUCAACUCCUACAUGACCCUGAACCCUCUGAGCUCUCCCUACCCCCCAGGGGGGCUCCCUGCCUCCCCACUGCCCACUGGACCCCUGGCGCCCCCAGCCCCCACAGCGCCCCUGGGGCCCACCUUCCCAGGCCUGGGUGCCAGCACUGGUGGAGGCAGCAGCUCAGGGUAUGGGGGCCCGGGCCCGGGGCUGGUCCACGGGAAGGAGAUGCCGAAAGGGUACCGGCGGCCCCUGGCCCACGCCAAGCCGCCCUACUCCUACAUCUCGCUCAUCACCAUGGCCAUCCAGCAGGCGCCGGGCAAGAUGCUGACCCUGAGCGAGAUCUAUCAGUGGAUCAUGGACCUCUUCCCCUACUAUCGCGAGAACCAGCAGCGCUGGCAGAACUCCAUCCGCCACUCGCUGUCUUUCAAUGACUGCUUCGUCAAGGUGGCGCGCUCCCCCGACAAGCCGGGCAAGGGUUCCUACUGGGCCCUGCACCCCAGCUCAGGUAACAUGUUUGAGAACGGCUGCUACCUACGCCGCCAGAAGCGCUUCAAGCUGGAGGAGAAGGUGAAGAAAGGGGGCGGCGGGAGCUCGGCCUCCAGGAACAGUGCGGGGUCGGCCUCGGCGGCCGCCGCCCCUGCCACCAGUGUGGCCUCCACGCCGCAGCCGCAGGCGCAGCCCCCGCCCCCUGAGCCGGAGGCCCAGUGUGGGGACGAAGUGGGGGCUCUGGACUGUGGCUCGCCCGCUGCUCCCUCCACGCCCUACUUCACCGGCCUGGAGCUCCCAGGGGAGCUAAAGCUGGAUGCGCCCUACAACUUCAAUCACCCUUUCUCCAUCAACAACCUGAUGUCGGAACAGUCGCCAGCACCCCCCAAGCUGGACGUGGGAUUUGGGGGUUACGGGGCAGAGGGUGGGGAGCCUGGGGUCUACUACCAGGGCCUCUAUUCCCGCUCUCUGCUUAACGCAUCCUAGCAGGGGUAGGGUGGGAGCGUGGUGGGUGGGAUACGGCUGUAGCUCAUACCAUCUGGCUCUUGGGGCCUGACCUUCCCCGGGGACACCUUGCUCCUCCCGUCUGUCAACAUCUUGGUUGGUCUACUGCUCACCGUGGUGACUGCCAUCACUGUGGGCAUCGUGUUGAUCCCCUGAGUACUAUGAUAGCUGCCACUGACAUCACGGUGGGCCCACUGAGUACUGUGAAGACUGCCAUACUGAUCGAUGUGAUGAGGUUGACCUGUUGGGUCUUCGGAUGGCCACCCUCUGGGAUGACUUCUUGGUUGGCCCCUUGGGUGCUGUGAUGCCCAGCCUCUUGGCUGAGCCUCUGGAUGUGAUGGUGGCACUGUUUCGGUUACGUCUUCUUUGGCCCAUUGGGUGCUGUGAUGGCCACCAUAUUGACGGUCUUCCAUCACCCGUGUACCGCUGUGCAACAUAAUGGCCACCACAGACAGCCCCAGUGUUGGCCGUGUCUUCCCUGUCUCUGGUGUGAGCUGAGUGAAGGGUAGAGAUGAGGAUACUCCUUGUUUUUUUUUUUUUUUUUUUCUGGAGCCCAUUUCCCCUCUGGUCCAGGAAAAACCAGAAAGGACUGAUUAGGGUGUGGGGGAUUUCUACUAAAGUCUGGUUCUUGCCGGGGAAGGGGGAUACUGGCUGUGUUUGACCAUUAAAGGCACCAUU